CCACGUAGCCAUUUUGCGUUUCCUGGACAAAAAAGGGGGUUAGAUAGAAAGACAAUCCGACACCGGAUUAAAACAGUCUGGAAACCAAAUCGAGAAUCAUAAAUGCGGAUGUAACUGUGCAAUAUGGUAGGGGCAGGAGUGUGCGAGCAGGUACACCAGCCGUGUCCCGGAUUCAAAGUGGAAACAGUCGGCUAGCUGGCUAACGAACCGUUACCGAGAGUGAGAGAUAAAGAGAGUUCACUGCCAUUGAAGAGUUUUAGAACAUACGUUGUUUUAAAAUUAGAUUCUUCUGCACGCUGGAAGGCGGAUGUCGUUAGAAAUAUGGACAGUGUGUUGAUUUAAAACGUCGCAAGUGGAGGCAAAAACAGCGGACGCUACGAUUAUUUGCGGAGAAAGCCGGAUAAUUGUUUAUUUGCAGGGAAUAAAGAGGAGGAUCACAGUACGCCACGGAGCCAGUCAUGCCUGCCAGUGUGCGUACUGGGACCCUGAAGGACUCUGAGGUGACUGAGCUCUUCUACAGAGAUGAUCCUGAGAAGCUCUUUACUGAUCUCCGAGAGAUAGGUCAUGGCAGCUUUGGAGCUGUGUACUUUGCUCAUGAUGUGCGUUCCAACGAAGUGGUGGCCAUCAAGAAGAUGUCGUUUAGCGGCAAGCAGUCCAAUGAGAAAUGGCAGGACAUCAUAAAGGAGGUGAAGUUCUUACAGAAGCUCAGACAUCCCAAUACCAUUGAAUACAAAGGGUGCUACCUCAGAGAGCACACCGCAUGGCUGGUGAUGGAAUACUGUCUAGGAUCAGCCUCUGAUCUUUUAGAGGUGCAUAAGAAGCCUCUACAGGAGGUGGAAAUAGCUGCUAUUACCCAUGGUGCACUUAUGGGCCUCGCCUACCUUCACUCUCAUAAUAUGAUACACAGAGAUGUAAAGGCAGGUAAUAUUCUGCUAACUGAGCCCGGUCAGGUGAAGCUUGGAGAUUUUGGCUCUGCCUCAAUUGUUUCUCCUGCCAACUCUUUUGUGGGCACACCAUACUGGAUGGCCCCAGAGGUGAUCCUGGCAAUGGACGAGGGACAAUACGAGGGCAAGGUGGACGUCUGGUCUCUGGGCAUCACCUGCAUCGAACUAGCUGAAAGGAAGCCGCCCUUGUUCAAUAUGAAUGCUAUGAGUGCCUUAUAUCACAUUGCGCAAAACGAAAGCCCUGUCCUGGCAUCAAACCACUGGUCGGACUACUUCCGUAACUUUGUGGACUCUUGUCUUCAAAAAAUCCCUCAGGACAGGCCUACCUCAGAUGUGCUGCUCAAUCACCAUUUCCUGUGCCGAGAGCGCCCCCAUUCUGUAGUGAUGGAUCUGAUUACGCGCACCAAAGAUGCCGUGCGUGAGCUGGACAACCUGCAGUACAGGAAGAUGAAGAAGAUCCUCUUUCAGGAAACGCACAACGGCCCUACACAAGAGGGUGGAGAGGAGGAAGAGGAUGCAGAGCAGUACCUCUUGCAGACGGGCACAGUGAACAGUAUGGAGAGCUCUCACUCUGUGCCGUCCAUGUCUAUCAGCGCCAGCUCUCAGAGUUCCUCAGUCAACAGCCUGGCCGACGGGUCAGACGACAGCGCUGAGAUGGCCAUGAUGCAGGAGGGUGAACAGACAGUAACCUCAAACAGCUCCAUCAUACACCGGCCCACUGCUCGUGAUAACAUCUACGAUGACCCGUAUCAGCCAGAGAUGGAGUCGCCACAGCAGCCAUCGUCAGCUGCACGGAGGAGGGUGCAUCGGAACCGAGACCAUUUCGCCACAAUCCGGACAGCUUCUCUGGUGACCCGUCAGAUUCAGGAGCAUGAACAGGGCUCAGCUCUGAGGGAGCAGAUGUCUGGGUACAAGCGCAUGAGGAGACAGCACCAGAAACAGCUGCUGGCUCUAGAGAACAAACUCAAGACAGAGAUGGAUGAACACCAGCUCAGACUCGACAAAGAGCUGGAGACCCAGAGAAACAACUUUGGUAGUGAAGCUGAUAAGCUGAGUAAGAAACACCAGGCCAUCCUGGAAAAAGAGAUUAAGGCUGCUCAGGCUGAAGAGAAGAAGUUUCAGCAGCACAUACUAAACCAGCAGAAGAAAGAACUCAAUAGCUUGCUGGACUCCCAGAAACGCCAGUACAGACAACGCAAGGAGCAGCUUAAAGAGGAGCUGAGUGAGAACCAGUCCACACCGAAGCGAGAGAAGCAGGAAUGGUUGGUGAGGCAGAAGGAGUGUAUGCAGCAGAUCCAGGCUGAGGAAGAGGCUUCUUUAUUAAGGCGGCAGAGGCAGUAUUACGAGCUGCAGUGCCGACAGUAUAAAAGGAAGAUGCUGCUAGCAAGACACAAUCUGGAACAGGACCUGCUCAGAGAGGAUCUGAAUAAGCGUCAGACCCAGAAGGAUCUGGAGUGUGCUAUGCUGUUGAGACAUCACGAGACCACUCAGGAGCUGGAGUUCAGGCAGCUGGCAAUGGUCCAGCGCACUCGGGCCGACCUGAUCCGUACGCAGCACCAAAGCGAACUUGCCAAUCAGAUGGAGUACAAUAAGCGGCGUGAGCAAGAGCUUCGUCAGAAACAUGGCGUGGAGGUCCGCCAGCAACCCAAGUGCUUGAAGACAAAAGAGCUGCAGAUCAAGCGUCAGUUCCAAGACACCUGUAAGAUUCAGACACGGCAAUACAAAGCCCUGCGGAACCACCUGCUGGAGACCACGCCCAAAUCAGAGCAUAAGACCGUCCUGAAGAGACUCAAAGAGGAGCAAACACGUAAACUGGCCAUCCUGGCUGAGCAGUACGACCAUUCCAUCAAAGACAUGAUGUCCACACAGGCUGUGAGUAAGUUGCGAUUGGAUGAGACGCAGGAGGAGGAGUACAGAGGGCUCCGCAUGCAGCUGCAGCAGGAAUUGGAGCUUCUGAAUGCCUAUCAGAGCAAAAUAAAGAUGCAUACUGACACACAACAUGAUAGAGAGGCCAAAGACCUGGAGCAGAGGGUGUCUAUACGAAGAGCUCUACUUGAACAGAGGAUUGAGGAGGAGAUGUUGUCCCUGCAGAAUGAGCGUUCUGAGCGGAUACGGGCGCUACUUGAGCAUCAGGCUCGUGAAAUCGAGUCCUUUGACUCAGAGAGCAUGCGUCUGGGAUUCAGUAACAUGGCUUUGAGCGGCAUCCCUGCUGAGGCUUACAACCAGGGUUACCCCAACCCUCCUUCCUCAGGGCCCGGGGGCUGGCCGUCCCGUCCCGUACCACGCUCGGGCAGCCAGUGGAGCCACGGAGUCCAAAACUCAGCGGCACCCCCAUCCUGGCGAAGUCAGAACAGUACAGCCGGAUUCAGCCGAGGGGAGCAGAUUUCCAGUCGCGAGAGAGAUCGAGAGAGGGAUUUAGAAGGGAUGGGUGCCCGUGGCCUUCCUGGCUCACGCUCUUCUGCUUCACCUGCAUCAUCAUCAUCAUCAGCAUCAUCCUCGCAUCAUCACCUCCGGUACCUGCCGCAACAGUACCACCACCAGAGCACACCUCAUCUGUACCGCGACAGCCGAGAGAGAGAGUGGGCGAGUGGGGGAGGAGGAAGUGGAGGGAGUCACCAAUCAUCUUCAUCCUCCUCUCAUGGCCACCCACAUCACUUUUCUUCCCAUGCCUCUGCCCAAUCCCUUGCCCUCCUCCCUCCACCUCCUCCUCCUCCACCCAUCUCGCUUUCCUCCUGCUCUCCUCCUUCAUCCUCAUCCUCUUCCUCCUCUCAAAGUGGCUAUGGAGGAAGGGGGGAGGGAUUGUCUGUGAGGGGCCCCAGCUUGAUGGCUCUCAGGAACAGUCCGGGGCCCCUUCGGAGGACCGCCUCGGGCAGAGGGGCAGGUGGGGAUGGAGGUUUGAGUCGGAGUACAUCGGUGACAUCGCACAUCUCGAAUGGAUCCCACCUCUCUUACUCAUAGAGGGUCAGGCAGGAAGUUCAGAUGGUGCACUUGAACAUAUGGGGUGGUAUUAGAGUUUAAAGUGUGGCUUCACCUUAAAGGAAAUGGUUCACCCAGAAAUGAAAAUUCUGUCAUUUACUUCAAGCCUGUAUGCCUGGCUUGCACCUUUUUUUCCUAAACAGUGAAAGUGAAUGGUAACUAAUAUUCUGUCAAACAUCUUUUGUGUUCCGCAGAGAGUCAUACAGGUUUUGAACUACAAGAGAGUGAGUAAAUGAUGACAGAAUUUUCAUUUUUGGGUGAACUUUCCCUUUAGGUGUUUGGGGGGGAGAAAUAGUUGUACUUAAGGGGAAAGGCCUUCAUGUAGCUCAUUUAAAAGUUAAACAGGGAGGUGAGGGUGAGGACCGUUUUACUUUUAGCAGUUUUUAGACGGGAACACCUUUACUUACAAGAUGAUAGAUCUCAGGGCUACCAAGGGAUAUGGAUGUGGAAGGGCUCAGGGUUUAGAUCGGCAAUAGAAAAUAAAGGAGAGAAAUAUGUUAAUAGAUGUACUGUAACAGGAACAGAAAUGUAUAGUGUCGAUUGUGUGGGAGGAAAGGGAUUAGAAUAGCAUUAGUGGUGCCAGUACUGUAGAUUGGGCUCAACAUCCGCAGGUUCAUUUUAGUUUCAAAUUUAACUUGACACAAAACAUGACACAGAACCCUUUGAGUUCUGCUACUUCCAACUUGCACAUGUAAUAGUUUUAAGAUUUGGAUCUGAUUCUGAACACUGAAAGACUGUGUUUUCAGAUUUUACAUUAAGCUUAUUCCUGAAUCAUAUGAAGCCGAAUUUAUUUAGGGCAAUUUUAUUCUAGACUGAUUUUCUCCUGAAAGAACUAGUUCUCCCAAAAAUGAAAAUUCUGUCACCAUCAUUUCAAUCCAAACCGCCAUGCUAUUAUUUUUUCCAUAGAACACAAAAGAAGAAUCUUUAUGCAAAUGUUUUUCAUACACUAACAGUCCAUAGUGACCACAUCUGUCAAGCUGUGCUUGUAUGUUAGCUUUGUUUGAGAAACAGACAGAAAUGAAGGUUAUUAUUACUGAAAAAAUCUUCAUCUUUGAUGCAGCUGUCAAAAAUCAUUGUCAAUGCUGUUUUGAUAUCAGUGAUUUCAAUUCUAGCACAUCAAUGCACUAUUUUUUUAAUCUGAACAUGAGCGUAAAUGAGAUUUUAUGGCAUGGGUGCUGAAGAGGAUUAUCAGUGAAUUACUACACUAGCCUUGGCAUAUGGACAACAUAUGUAUGGACUACUUUAAAGGUAUAGUUCACCCAAAAAUGAAAAUGUUCUCAUUUACUCAUGCCAACCCAGAUGUGUAUGACUUUAUUCUGCAGAACACAAACAAAGUUUUAGAAGAAUAUCUCAACUCUUUUGGUCCUUACAAUGGAAGUGAAUUUUAUUUAUUUUUUUUACCAUAAGUGUAAGUGGAGAUUUAUGGUAAAAAAAAAAAAAAGGACUUCAAUAUUGAUCUGUUUCCACCCACACCUAUCAUAUCGCUUCUGAAGUAUGGAUUUAACCACUGGAGUCUUAUGGAUUACUUUUAUGUGGCCUUUGAGUGAUUUUUGGAGCUUCAAAGGCCUAGUCACCAUUCACUUCCAUUGUAAGGACCAAAAGAGCUAAGAGUUAUUUUUCUAAAAAUCUUUGUGUUCUGCAGGAGAAAGAAAGUCAUACACAUCUGGGAUGGCAUGAGGGUGAGUAAAUGAUGAUAAUAAUGAUUUAAUGGUUCUAUUUGCUUUUUGGAUCUUCCCAACAUGUGGUUACUAUGAACGGAAAAGAGCUGCGUAAAGGUUCUUCCAAACUUUUGUGUUCACAGAAAAAAUAACCGCAUAUGGGUUUAGAGCGACCAUAAAUUUGAGUGAAUAAUGAUUUUUUUUUUUGGUUGAACAAUUCCUGAAAUCUGUCUGAUAAGCAUCCUUUUGAGUAUUUGUGAGCUAGGAGUUUAACUACUAAUGGGAGCAGAGAGCGUGAGUCGGAUGCAAUAGAAAGGUGCUGUAGCAUGUGCAGAAACUUGUUUCAGGGAGCAAAUGGUGAUUAAACUGAAUUCUUUGUAAUUAUGUAGAUAGUACUAAAACAAUAGUAAAAGAACAUCUGUCGGUAAUGGUUUAUAAACUAUACAUUUGUAUUUGAUUUAAGGUCAUGAGGCAGGUUUUUAUUAGUUCAAAAUGAUUUUGUAUUCUGUAUCUUUCUUUUUUUAAACAAUGCCAUACAUGUCAUACUGCCAUCUAGAGGCUCAGCUGACCUAAAGCAACUCCGCCCCCUGUCCUUAUAAGGACAAGCUGCCAUUAAGUUGCAGUUAGUUUUAACUGGGUUAUAAUUCAGUAUCUGUUUUUUAGAAUGGAUGUGAUAAGAGAUUAAACCUGGCUAGGUGAAUAAGCCAUCUUAUUGACUCUCAAUAAAUGCAGACUGUGUAAAUAUGAUGUACAUGUCCAUAAGAGAGUUGUUACAAUUCUGUGCACAAGACUGAUGUACAGAGACCAUUUGUAUACAAACAUGCACAGCAGACGUUUAUAUAAGACAUUUGAGAAUAUACAGUAUGUGUAUAAAUACAUCACCUGUCAAAAGUUUGACAGGCAAGUCAUAAGAUAUUUCCUUGGUCAACACGUUUGAUCUAUAUUGUACUUAUACAAUGUGUGUGUAUAUACAAGCACUAACUCCUGUAUAGGGUAAUAAUUUUGCUAUGUGAAUCGGAAAGCAAGGCGAAAAAUAGAUACUGUUGUUAUUAUUACACCUACUACUGCCGCUGUAAUAUUUGUGUUGUACACUAAUUUUGUUAUUGUUCUUUUUACUACAAUUUUUUUCUUUCCUUUUUAAGACAGUUUUUUAUUUUAAAUCAAUGCUUACCACUAGGUGGGAAAUGUGCAGUGUCCCAGUGAAGUUUAUAAGUCUUGUUUUAGAAAGGAAAAAAAUAUAUUAAAGACUACCUAUCCCAGCAUUUCUUGUUAAAUCUCAGGGUAGGAGUCUAUUGUGCAGUACAUCGUCAGGAUAGUAUUUUAGAGCCAGUAUUAAACUUGUACAAUUUAAAGAGAAAAUUUUAGCUGUAUAGAAAAUUUCUAGACGACUGUAAAUUCUCAACCCCCUCCCCCGUUUUCUCCCCCUCAUUUUAUGCCGGAAUGCAUGGUUUCUUUUACGCAUUACGGCUUUGUUAAUGCACGAAACGGACAAACACAACUGUUUACAUUGACAACCAAAUUCUCCAGCAUACCCACAAAAGCAGAAUGGUGAAACAUAGGACAGACUUUGCCUAUGAUAUUAUUUUCCCUUGGGAAAACUGAACUUCUCUGUGCUCCCACACUGCCAGCUCUCUUUAGACACCAGCGUUCACUAGGACUCCGUCUUGCUCUCCUUAACCAAGGAGACAUGCAGUACCUCACUUCCCUGUGCCUGGCCAAUCACUUCUCACUCCAAUUCAGUGUUCCUUUUAUUCCUCUUCCAUUUUCGCACACUUUUUCCCCCAUCAUAUUAUUGCUAUGUCCUUGGUUACUAAUGUUUAUGGACGGAAGAGGAGGAAUAAAAUCGACACCUCGGGCCAACUGUAGCUCUGGGCCAACAUGUAAUGUGUUUACAGCAAAACAUGCUGGAUUCUUAGUGUAUCCUCUAGAGGGGGUGUUUCUGUAGAGACUUGAGAUGUGGUAAAGGUAUGAGUUGCUUAAUGCAAUAUCCUGCAGUGUUUGAAUGGUCGGAGCCAUCAGGGUGGAAAUGAAACUGUGAUAUCUGAAAAAAGCAUUUGUAUAAAUUAGAUUGUGAUGUUAGAAAGGGGGUGAUGGGGAGAAUGGUUGUUCCGAGAACUGUAUUGCUCAGAAAAAAGGCCAAAUUACAUUCAGGUGAAUUCACAAGUACAGGAGAAUUCAUGGGCUAUAGAACUUGUACAGAAAAUGGUUAAGUCAUUAAAACAUACAAAUAUUAUCUUUGUUGUGUGAUCCAUUAUCAUUUGUUGUUAAUGCCUCUAACCUGUUCUCUGAAGAGCAAGAAUGCACACCUGGCAUGUACCGUCACCAGGGUGAUGCUGUAGGAAGAGGAAAGACAGACAGUUUCCAUAGAGACAGAGGCAAUACUAAGUGGAUAUUACUGGUUGCUUGCCAAAAGUACAUGUUGGUUCUGUUUUAGGGCUAUUUUUAGUUCCAGUUACAAAACCUCAUUUAUGUGGUAUUCCACAGUUUUUCCAGUAAUGUUCUUGUUCAAAGGGUGCUGUUAUUACAUUUCCAUCUAAUAGAACAAGAUAUUUUUCAGGUCAAAUUUCUAUAAAAGGCGAAUGAAAAGAGUUUAUGUAGAAGUGUUUUUUUAUUUUUUAUUAUUAUUAUUUGGUGUAUGCUAAUCAUAAUGGAUCUAUAGGUGAAAGUAAUUACUUCAGCUUUUGAAAAAUAACACUUGUAAAUCUCACAGUAUUAUGUAUACUUUCUUGGAUUUUUUUCCCCCCAUUUAAGCCUGGAAAUGAUCAAAAUUGUAAGAAUUUGAGGACUUAAACUUUGAUAAAUGAAGAGAGAUUUUUGAUUCUGGAAUAUUUCUAGGUCAAUAAAUUAAGUUUUGAGCAAAAUUGUGACAUUGACCAUGUUAUUUUAGUAAAAAUAAAAUAAAAAUAGGAGCAUUUUUUCA